UGCUUUUACUCACAAAGGUAGCCCAUAAAGGUUGCAGUGUUAGGGAAUAACUGGCAGUGUUAGGGAAUAACUGGCAGUGCUAAGGAAUAACUGGCUGCUGCAGGUUUCUUGUUGUUUCCCCAUUGCUCAGGUGACAGCACUCCCACAAAAGGUGAGGAUUGGGGUGGAGGUUCCUCCUGGCCCAAGCCCAGGGGUGACACACACACAAGGAUCUGUGGGCUGGUACUGGUUCAGCAGGGCUGUGAGCAGCAGAGAACAGCAGCUGCUGAGGUGUGAGCAGUGACAGAACCACGGCACUAAGGAGAUGAGAAUCACAAAAUUACAUGGACUGGCUGUUCUAGUGACAGCAGGAAUCACUGGUGCAAUCUGGUACUACUACCCUUUCUCCCCAGCCAGAGCCCAGGAACACAAAGCCUCCCCUGGAGAGGAUUCAGUCCUGAAAACAGACCUGUAUGAAACAUCUCUGAUGUUCCCAUGGAGAAGGGAUGUGCUGGUGUUGACACCAUGGCUGGCUCCAAUUGUCUGGGAAGGCACGUUCAACAGAGACAUCCUGAAUGCUCAAUACCUGCAGAAGAAGGCAGUCACUGGAGUGGUCACUUUUGCUGUUGAAAAAUACAUCCAGUUCAUAGAAGGGUUCAUGAGCUCUGCCAACACGUACUUCCUUGCUGGGCACCCCGUGAAUUUCUACUUGUUCACAGACAAUCCUGAGAAGAUCUCUCACAUUCAGAUGGCCCCUGAGAACCACCUGUUCGUCAUCCCUGUCCAGAACGACCCCAGGUGGCAGGACAUCUCCAGGAGCCGUAUGGACAUCAUCAGCUGCUACAUCCAGAGCCAGUUCCAGCACGAGGUGGACUAUCUGUACUCCCUGGACAUCAAUGUCCAGCUCCUGGCACACAUUGGCGUGGAGAUCAUCGAUGCCCUGGUGGCCACCAUCAGCUCCUGGCAGGUCACCCCACAGCACGAGAACAAAGGCUCUGAGGCACACCCUGAGGCACAAUCUGCCAUCCCUGAGGGACAAGGGGACUUCUACUACACAGCGAGCUUCUAUGGGGGCAGCGUGCCCGAGGUCUACAAACUGACCCGAGCCUGCUCUGCAGGGCUGAGGGAGGACACAGAAAAUGGCAUUGAGGCUCCCUGGCACCACGAGAGCCACCUCAACAGGUACCUGCUGCAGCACAGGCCCACACGCCUGCUGUCCCCAGAGUACUACUGGGACCCCGAGCUCAGCCCCAGCACCAUCCAGGUGAAGAGGAUGUGCCCUGUGCACCAGCACAGCCAGAGACAAAGAAUGUGAUCUUUCAAAAAUUGGGAGCAGCAUUUAGCAAAGGCCACCUGGUUAAUUAACACCCAAGGUUCCACCAAUCAAGUAGGUCCUGCCCAGUCUGAGUCCCUGAAUAUACAGACAGAGAGAAAGCCCCAGUGGCACAUGUCAGAGGUUUGUUAGGGAAAUCAGUGUGGAUCAAUUCUGCCUCGAGUACAGACAAACCC